AUGAUUAUAAAGGAAUACCGUAUCCCAUUGCCUCUGUCAGUCGACGAAUUCGAGCGUGGUCUUCUCUACGCAGUUUCAGCAUGUAGUCGUAACGAGACUGGUGGUGGAGAAGGUGCAGAAUUUCUCGUUCAAGAAGACUUCACAAGUGAUACAUUACGUCCCGGUCAGACUGUUUCUGGUACAUAUACGAAAAAGAUUUAUCGUCUUCGCUCGAAAGCUCCGUGGGUUCUUCAGAAACUUCUUCCAGCUGAAGCAUUCGAAAUUCACGAGGAAAGCUGGAAUGCCUAUCCAUACUGUAAAACUGUUCUUACUAAUCCAGGAUACAUGAAAGAAAACUUCCAUCAAGUCAUCGAAACCCUCCAUUUACCGGAUAACGGAAGUACGGAAAAUGCAUUGGAUGGACCGGAGAAACGAGAAGUAAUUUGGGUUGAUAUUGCGGAUAAUGAUAUUUUUGGAGCGAAAAAUUACAAAAAAGAGAAGGAUGCGAGACUCUUCGAGCCAGAUGUUGUAGAGAGAGGACCGCUGGAUGAUGAUUGGAUUGAUGAGCAUGAUCCGAUAAUGUGCGCCUACAAACUGGUCUCUUGUCACUUCAAAUGGACGGGUCUUCAACGAAUGGUUGAGAAAACGAUUCAUAAACAAUAUCCACGUGUAUUCGGUUUGAUGCAUCGUGAUGCCUAUGUACUUCUAGAUGAAUGGUAUAAUAUGUCGAUGGAUUCGAUUCGUGAAUACGAGGAAGAGACGGCACAUGUGCUCCGUAAGCAACUCGCAGAUCCAGAAAAGCGAGGAACAACUUGUGAUGAUGAUGCGAAUAACAAUAAGUGA